AUGUUCGACACUGUCGACAAUCCAGGCUACUGCCACUACACGAACUGCAAACAACUGGCCGUGGUGGACGGGGCCGGGAUUGGACCGUGCAUGAGCCGUCUGCCCGACCCCGACGACAAGGACAAGUCGGAUUGGCUGAUAAUGACGCGUUUCCAGACAGCGGCGAGGUUUCUGGGAGCCGUUGGUGGAGCUGCCGGGCCUAUCAAGGCGGCCACUAUGGCUCUCCGGCCCGGCAUCCGCAGCCGUGUCGAACUGCCUCCGGCGCCCGUCAUUGACAGCGACUACAACCAGCACGGUAUAAAGCACGGCUCCAUGAACGUCCACAUCCCCAUUAUCUUCGAGGAUGGCGUGCGCUGGAUGGCGCGUAUCAAGAUGGAGGACUACUGGCCCAAGAGUCUCCGCCGUGCUGUCGCAGAGAAGGAGGUGGCAACACUGCAGGCACUGCAUAGUGUAGCUCCCGAGUUCGUGCCAGAUGCUUGGAUGCCUCCCAACAUCAAUCCGAGCGUCGAUGUGCGCACGGCCGACAGGAACAAGACUUUCGAGAACCGGAGCAAGCUGUACAACGACGUCAUCCUUCCAGACAUGGCGGCCUUCUACUACAAGGUCGUUUCCCUCCCGUUCACGGGUAUUGGCAGCGUGGUUCGCCAGCCUGCUGUUACGAAUGGCGGAGAGGGGGGUGAGGGGGUCGACUCGGCUGCUCCCCUCUUCACCGUGGGCCCACUUCGGGGCCAAGUGCGGCCCAUGUACUGGAGCACUUCACUUGGCCCGUUCACCACGAAUCAAGAUGCUUGGGUGGCUAGGAUUGACCUCGUCCUCGACCUCCUCGACCAAGGCGCCAUCUACCCCUCAAACGGCCACACGAUGCAGUCGAUGUUCUCUUUCGCUUCCGACCCCAUCGUCACGUAUCUGCUUCACCUUGAAGCCCGCAAGCUUGUCCUUGGAUGCGAGGAGAUGGCCAAAGUGGAACCAACGUACAUCUGCCACGACGAUGACAAUGGCGACCACUACAUCAUGGCUGAUGACGGCCACAUCAAAGGCAUCAUCGACUGGGAGCUUGCCUAUACGGCCCCGCUAGCCGAAAUGCUGGCAACCAAGUACGCAGGAAGAGACGAACUCGAGCUUUCCGCCACUGAGAUGCGUCUCCUCGAACUUUUCACAGCUGCUGGGCGCACCGACCUGGCCGAUGCCCUCAAGGGGUGCCGGAAGUACCACAAGCUCAAGGCUGUGGUCGGCCGCGGCAGCAAGUUCCUAGACAUCGACCACAUCUGGAGUCUCCGCCAAGCCUUCCUGGGUGAUGAGGCCGGUGACAUGCCCGAGUCGCUCGAUGUUUGGGUGGCGGCGAAGAAGGAGGAGCUCAAGGACGAUCCCCUUCUGCAGAAGAUCCAGUCGCGCAUCUCCGAGAGCGAUGCCGAGGCGAUCCUCAAGGCCCGUAAUGACGCGAAGAAGGAGAUGGAGGCGCGUCAAAAGAGGAAGGAUGCGGCCGAGAAGGCGGCCAAGGAGAAGGCCGAGAAGGAGAAGGAGGGGAACAGUGCCAAGGAUGAGGCGAAGAAGGGGGCAGAGGACGACAAGGGCGAGGAGAAGGGCGGUGAAGGCAUCAAGGUCGGCAAUGAGGAGAGCAAUGCAAAGGACAAGAGCGACGAAGGCGACAAGAGCGACGAAAACGGCAACAAGGUCGAGAAGACGGAGAAGGAGGAGCAGGAGGGCGUGGACGGCAAGGAGAAGCGCAGCGAGGUCGAGCACGAGGACGUCGGCACUGCUGGCUCCGACGACCAGCCAGCCGUCAGUGGCACCGAGUUCGAGGCUGCGGCUGAGGCUGCGGUCGGCAGCCCCCACGCACCAUAG